AUGAAUAUAUGCAAUAUAAAAUAGAUAAACUAUAUGAAAACUAUAAUAAAUGCCCUAUUUCUUAUAGAAAAAUAAGCAAAAAAUCAUUUAAAAAGUAAUCAUAUAUAUAAAUUACUAUAUUAGGAAAAAAUUGGAUCAUGCUUUUCCUAUAUUUUUGUCUAAAUUUUAUCAAUGGUGCUGUUUUUUGCGCUUUUAGUUCUAUAUCAGAAGAAGCUGAAAAAUAUUAUAAUGCGAACGAAGACCAAAUUACUAUGUUUAUAACAAGCUUCAUGAUCACCUCGAUUGCUUCUGCACCAAUCACACCUUGGAUUUUAAGCAAGUCUUAUCAUUGAACCAUGAUGGCAUCUUGAAUUUCUGCUUUUGUUGGGUGUUGAGUUAAAUAUUUGGCUGGGCAUGAUUAUUAUAUAGCUUUGUUUGGGCAGUUUAUUUUUGCUUCAACAAAUAUGCUAAUUUUAUGCGGAUGCUUAACGUUAGCUUUCUUAUGAUUUCAACAAGAAGAUCAGGGCAUUGCAAUUGCUGUAGGAAGUAUUAGCAAUUUUAUUGGGAUGGGGACUUCGUUUAUAUUAGGACCGUAUGUGAAAAAUAUACCGAUAUUAAAUUUGUCUCAUGCUGUAUUUUCUACUAUUGUUACAUCACUAAAUAUUUUGUGCUCUAGUAAAGAUCCUUUAAAAAGAAAGGAAUCGGAUAUGCUAAGAGGAGCAAUUACACUGAUUAAGGAUCCUAUGAUGAUGUGCAUUGUUUUUUGCUCAGGCUCAGGAAUAGGAAUAAGCUAUGCUUUAAUUGGAGUUUUAUCUUUAAUAUUAGAGCAUAAUGGAAUUACCAUGAUACAAGUAGGCUGAUUAGGAUUUAUUAUGUCUUUUUCUGGGCUGACAGGAGGACUAAUUGCAUCUUACAUUGCAAUGAGAUACAACUCAGUCCUUUGAUCUUUAAGGGUAUUUUUGAUAAUGUCUAUAGCAUCUAUAAUGGUAUGGGCUUCGCUAGAUGGUGACUAUAUAGUUUCUAUCUUUGGAAGCAUGAUAGUUGGCUUUGGAUUAAUUGGCCACAUCCCUUUAGGAAUUAGAGCAGCACUUCAACAAAACUCAAAACUAGAAGAAUCAAUACCGUCUAAUAUGAUCUUCUUUUUAGCUACCUUAUUUGGUCUUAUUUAUACAUACCCUAUUAUAUCUUUUUAUGAGCUAUCAAAUCUAUCUGCUUUAUGGAUGAUUGGGAUUUUGACUUCUGUGAGUUUUGGGAUAUUUUUUAUUAUUUCUUACAAAAUUCCGAAUACACAAAUCAAGAUUGACGAUUCAAGUACUUUAAACUCAGAAAAUCCAAAAAUAAAUGAUUAUUCUAGCUUAUAAAUGCAGAGGAUUGGAGAAAGUUAUAAGAGUUUCAAGGUAUUUAUAAUAAAUUUAUAUAG